AUGGAGGACAGAGCUGUGGUAUCUCCACAGAAAUAUAAAACUGUGUCCAACGAAUUACGCCUAAAAAACAUCUUUUGUGAUGCUGUCCUCAAAGUAGAGGAUGAGGAAUUCCCAGUGCACAAAUUCAUGCUUUGUCAGUCGGGCAGUUACUUCAGAGCCUUCUUUGAAAACUGGGCACCUGCUGAUCAACGAUACUUCACACUUGGAGGACUCUCUGCAGGCAUUAUGUCGUUGCUGCUUGAAUGGAUCUACACAGGCAGCACCGACGUGAGCCAGGACACGGUGGAGGAGCUGGUGCUGGCGGCCGACAUGCUGCUACUGGACAAACUGGUUGAAAUCUGCUUCCAGUUCUUGAUCCGUCAAAUGUGCCCGGACAAUUGCAUCGGCAUCUGGAAGUUCUGCAACGUUGUAGUUUCAGAAAAGAUGAGAGACAUAUCUUGGAGGUUCAUCUUGAGCCACUUUGAGGAGGUGGUGGACUGUGAGGAGUUCCUGGAGCUCACAGAGCAGGAGCUGAGAGAAAUUAUUGAAGACGACGGACUCAAUGUGAAAGACGAGACCAGAGUGUUUGAGGCCGUUGUGCGCUGGACAGAGCACAAUGUAUCGCUACGCACAUUCCUCUUUCCAGUGCUGUUGUCUCAGGUCCGUUUAGCUCAAACCUCGUACGACUUCCUAAAGAACCAUGUCCUGACGAAUCCCCUGGUGAAAGGAAACUAUUUGUGCCUAUUUCCUAUACACCUAGCUGAGCAGACCAUCGACAAUGUCCUUCUCAACCCAGGUGCUGGAAACUUUCUGUUGCGACCACGACUACCUGAGUCUAUUCUCCUGGCAAUCGGCGGCUGGAGCGCCAGCAAUCCAACCAAUGGCAUCGAGGCAUACAACCAUAAGAGGGCUCAGUGGAUCAAUAUUACGGACGAGGAAGAGAGGCCUCGGGCUUAUCACGGCUCCGUGUUCCUUAAUGGUUCAGUCUAUUGCAUGGGAGGAUUUGAUCGAACGGAACAUUUCUCCAGCAUGCGGCGUUUAGACUUGGCAACCCGUGCCUGGGAUGAGAUGCCCCCGAUGUACGAACGCCGCUGCUACGUGAGUGCGACUGUGCUCAACGGAAGAAUCUACGCUGUGGGCGGAUACAACGGACGAGUAAGACUCAACACGGCUGAAGUGUUUGACCCCCAGACGAACCGGUGGUCUCUGAUCGCCCCCAUGAACGAGCAGCGCAGCGACGCCAAAUGUGCCACACUUAAUGGAUCUAUCUACAUUUGUGGAGGCUUCAACGGUUCUGCGUGUCUGCAGACAGCUGAAUGCUACAACGCAGAAUCCAACCAGUGGACAUUUAUUGCUCCGAUGUCCGUCAGGCGCAGUGGUGUCGCUGUCAUCGCAUACGAGAACCACAUCUACGCAGUCGGAGGCUUUGACGGAAGCGUUCGUCUGAGCAGCGUGGAGGCCUACAACCCUGACACAAACUCCUGGCGGCAGGUGGCGUCCAUGAACACCGCUCGCAGCAACUUUGGAAUCGAGGUGCUGGACGGGCGCAUCUUUGCUGUAGGCGGAUACAACGGCUUCACCACCACCUAUGCCACCGAGGCCUACGAUCACUUGGAGGACCGCUGGAGCGAGGUGACUGACAUGGCGAUCUACAGGAGUGCUCUGGACUGUUGUGUGAUCUCUGGACUGCCAAACAUGAGAGAAUACGCCACACCUCGUGAUAUUAGGCCCCUGCGUCACCCCGACGUAAGAGAUUUAACCACACAUCGUGAUAAUCCACCCCUGCGUCACUUCGACCUUCAGGACAUUGACGAGUAA